AUGUGGACCACUAAAACAUUUCUAACCAAAACAAAGCGCGGCAAUAUAAUAAAAAUUGUAAGAGAACAUUAUUUACGAGAUGAUUUGCUGUGUGGAUCUGCUGCGUGUAACACGUGUCCUCAUAAAGAUGACGAGUUUGUGUUAGACGGUAAACCGAAGUCAAUAUGCACAUUGUUCUCAUAUCCUCACUACCUGAUCCUCGACACGAAUGUAGUGCUUCAUCAGAUCGACGUUCUGGAAGAAGACGCAUUAUCAAACGUUAUUAUACUGCAAACUGUGUUGGAAGAAGUGAAACAUCAAAACACUGCGAUAUACCAGAGACUGUUGGAGAUCAUAGCUAACAAGAAAAGAAAGUUUUAUUCCUUCGUUAAUGAGCACCAUAAGGACACCUACAUAGAAAGGAAUCCAGGUGAAAAACAAAAUGAUCGUAAUGACAGAGCAAUCCGUAAGGCAGCGGUCUGGUAUGAGACACAUUUGAGUAUCAACAGCGUUGUGGGACAGUUCCCUAAGAUUGUGUUACUCACUGAUGAUGAGAACAACAGGAAGAUUGCUCAGGAAGAAGGCAUAGUCUGUUGUUCUAUCAAGGAUUACGUUGAAAAUGUGACUGGCUUCAUAGGCCUUCUAGACAAACUGUCAAAGAAUGUGGCACCAGAGGCAUGUUCAAAGGAUGCUCUAUACCCUGCACAUUUGACUCCGGCUCAGAUCCAUGAAGGUAUAAGGGGUGGGAAACUUCAUCAAGGUACUUUCAGAGCUUCUCGGGAUAAUUUCUUGGAAGGCACUGCUGUUAUCAAUGGAUUUGAGAAACCUAUCUUAUUACAAGGACACAGUGGUAUAAACAGGGCAGUUGAUGGAGACUCCAUAGCCAUAGAAAUAUUCCCUGAAGAAGAAUGGAGACGUCCAAUGGACAUUGUUCUAGAAGAUAAGGCUGAUGAUGAUCCUGGUGACCAAUUGGAAGAAGAAGCAGUUUUACUAAAGAAUACGAAGCCCGUUGAGAAAGGCGAUGAUGAAAUCACACCAACUGGCAGGGUUGUUGGGAUCAUAAGGAGGAAAUGGAGGCAGUACUGUGGUAUAUUAAUGAGGAGCAAGUUUCCAGGAGCCACUCGCCACUUAUUCGUACCAGCUGAGAAACGUAUACCCCGCGUCCGUAUAGAGACACGUCAGAGCGAUGUGUUGGCCAGUCAACGCAUACUGGUCGCGCUCGACUCUUGGCCUAGGAACAGUCGCUACCCACUCGGACACUUUGUCAGAGCUCUCGGACAAAUUGGUGAUAAGAACGCUGAGAACGAGGUGAUAUUGUUAGAACACGAUGUGCCUCACGCAAGGUUCAGUGAAGCUGUGCUGGCUUGUCUACCACCCAACGACUGGACUAUCCCUGAGGAGGAAAUUAAAAAGCGCGUCGAUCUGCGGUCGGAAUGCAUUUGUUCAGUGGACCCGCCCGGCUGUACGGACAUAGACGACGCGCUGCACGCGAAGGCCCUGCCCGGCCUCACGGACGACGGACUCAAACGGUACGAGGUCGGCGUCCAUAUUGCUGACGUCACCCAUUUCGUCCGACCUAACACCGCGCUAGACAAGGAAGCUGCUAACAGAUCUACGACUGUCUAUCUUGUUGGACGCAGGAUUGAUAUGGUGCCAGAUUUGCUAAGUUCAAACUUAUGUUCGUUACGAGGCGGCGAGGAGCGUCUGGCUUUCUCUUGCGUCUGGGAAGUAGACGAGAAUGCCAAUAUUCUACAUACCAAGUUUCAUAAAAGUGUCAUAAAAUCAGCAGCAGCGAUGACAUACGAGGAAGCUCAAAUAGCGAUAGAUGACAAGUCACGGAAUGACGCCAUCGUGUCUUCUCUCAGGAUAUUGAACGCACUCGCCAAGAAACUCAAUAAAAAACGUCUUGACAACGGAGCCUUGUCGCUAUCCUCACCUGAAAUCAGGUUUCAGAUCGACUCAGAAACACACGAUCCCGUGGAAGUACAAGCGAAGAAGAUUCUGGACACAAACUCGAUGGUGGAAGAGUUCAUGUUGCUGGGCAACAUAAGCGUGGCGCAGCGGCUGGCGGCGGAGUUCCCGCAGUGCGCGCUACUGCGGCGACACCCCGCGCCGCCGCCCGCCAACUUCCAUACUUUCUUGAAGGCUGCUAAACAACAGGGCUUUGAUCUGGAUGUAUCGACGAACAAGGCAUUCUCCAAAUCCCUGGACUCGGCAGUGAUCCCAGGCCGUCCGUUCUUCAACACACUACUGCGCAUCAUGGCGACGCGUUGUAUGCAACAAGCGCAAUACUUCUCCAGCGGGAGCAAGACUGUCGAGGAGUACUACCAUUAUGGUCUCGCCUGUCCUAUUUACACACAUUUCACGUCGCCCAUCAGACGUUACGCGGACGUGAUAGUGCACCGCCUGUUGGCGGCCAGCGUGGGCUGCGACGUGACGCACGCCGCGCUGCUGGACACGAAGCUGGCCGCCGCCCUCUGCGACAACCUCAACUACCGACACCGGCAGGCGCAGUACGCUGGACGGGCUUCUGUUACUAUGAACACACAUAUCCUAUUCAACAAACGCGUGGAGGUAGAGUUGGCAAGUGUACUCGCCGUGAAACGGAACGCGGUGCACGUGCUUAUACCGAAGUAUGGGCUCGAGGGGCCUUUAUACCUGCCUUCUGAUAAGUUCACAUAUAAUGAAGAGGAACACAUCCAGACAUGCGGAGACAUAGUACUGAAGACAUUUGAUGAACUCACGGUUCGUCUUAGCCUGGACAGUAGCAAUCUUCAACAUAGAAAACUGGUUUUCGAGCUGGUGAAGCCACAUAUUCCAGGGUUCAGUGUCGACACCAUGGAAGUUGAAGAUACCAAGACAGAAACGGAGAAAGAACAGAAAAAACGCAAAGAAGAGACUCCGGCUAAGAGCAGUAAAAAGUCUAAAAAGAAAUGA